AUGCCGAGACGUUCCCCAGCUCCCCGUUCAUACGUCCAAAAGAUCCCCAGCAGUUCUCUCCGUGACGGAGGAGCAGCAACAACCAGCACUUCAUGGAGAAGACUGCAGGAGGACGGACAAGGAGGAGCCGUUGCGAACAGACGAAGAGAAGACGGAGAAUACAAUCACCCGUCGACAUCAGGACAGCAACUGCGAGAGUACGGUUACGGAGGAAAGAGAAGCAAAGUUGGACACCAACGCCCGACGACAUCGAGUCAGCCCAUGAGGGACACUUACAUGCGCUCGACGUCACGCUUCCCCAGCCGCGCCGGAAAUAAGAAAGAGUCGCAAGACCACCUUCUAAUAAAACCUGUUAAUGUUAAAAAAUUGUUGAAAAAAUGCCUUCAAAACAACGAUUAA